AUAUAGGAAUCUUUGAUAAACAUCUAACAAACCAGCACACUGAAAAACAUCCUCACACAUUCCACAAACCAAAACUACUCCUUUUGCCUUUUUUUUUUCCACAAUCACAAAUUAAAUUCUUACUUCUUUUGAUAAAAUUCUCAUUCUUGAAUUCAUUACAUAGUGUUCUUGUUAAAUCUAGUGUUUAAUUCCAUUAGAUUGAGUAGAGAUCUUGAUUCUAUACAUCUUUUAGAUGUCGAAUUCGUUUAUUGUUGAUGGGUUUUUCUCAAAAAUUUCAGAGGAUCUUGUUCUCAACAUACUUUUCAAGCUAGAAGAUGACCCAAGAAACUGGGCUCGUUUAUCUUGUGUUUCUACGAAAUUUGCUUUUCUGAUUCAUAGUAUUUGCUAUAAAUCGAAAUGCUCUUUGACUAUACCUUCUGUUGUUUCCGAUCUCGUAAAUGGGCCAAGUUCAUCUAUGGCUUCUCCUGGUGGGUGGUCUUCGCUUUACAAGCUAGCUGUAUGUUGUCCGGGUCUCCAUCAAGCUGGUGUUCUUCUGGAGAAUUCUGAUUUCGGGCUUGAACGUGAACUUGGCCCGGAUGAGAAUUAUGCAGAUCGGGUUUUGCCCAAACCCGAUAGUUUGCAGACCCAGCUAAUGCCUUCGUCGAGUAAUAAUAAUCGGAGUGAUUCUACUGAAGUUGCUGAUUGUGGUUGGUCUUUGUUUGAUGAUCUUAUGUUUGAUACUGUUUAUGAUGCUUCUGAAUCAACCUCAAAUCAGCCUGAAAUCGUCGAGGAAGAAUCCCCAAACUUAGUGGUGACCCCUACAAGGGUUCUUAACAAUCUACUGAGAUACUCCCUAGCUAAUACAAAUAAAAAAGGUGACAUAGGAUCACCUUGUCGCAAACCUUUCUCUGCUUCAAAAGGAGGAGCAGGCACACCAUUAAUCACUAUAGAGUAUGUGACUGUAUUAAUGCAGGUCAUUAUCCAUCUAACAAACAAAUCAGGGAACUGCAAGCUGUCAAGGAUUUGUUUAAGAUAUACCCAUUCAAGUGAGUCAUAUGCCUUUUGAAGAUCGACCUUCACCAUACACCUUGGGAAGAUACCCUUUCUUGAAUAUCCUUUAACCAGUUCAUGAAUAUCCUUUAACCAGUUCAUGACGUAAAAUUAUGUUGUCAGAUAUGAUUCUUCCAGGAACAAAUGCAGACUGGCUUCCAUCUAUCAGAUCAUUCAGGACUUCACUUAGCCUCUUUGUAAUAACUUUUGAGAUUAUCUUGUAUAAGACAUUGCAACAUGAAAUUGGCCUGUACUCCUGGAUGGAAGUAGGAUGUUUUACCUUGGGUAUCAGGGUUACUGAAGUACAAUUCACUGGCUUGUACAUAUUAUUAGUUUCAAAGAAGUCCAUAAUAGCUCUUAUUACACUCUCACCGAUGAUGUCCCAAGAUAUUUUAUAAAAGAAUGCAUUGUAACCAUCACUUCCGGGGGCUUUGUCGUCAUCUAUAUUUGUUAUAGCUGCCAAUACCUCCUCUCUAGUUAUAGGAUCCACCAAUUGUAGUUGUUGUUGUCUAUUAAGCACUUUUCCUUGUUGCAUAAUAUCCUAUCUGAUGCUAGGAAGUUGGUUAGCUGCUGAUCCUAGGAGUUGCUUAUAGAAACCAAUUACUUCAGCCUGGACAUCCUUUUCUUUAUGCACUAGUGUACCAUCUUCUGUUGUUAAACUUCUAAUAUGAUUUUGUGCUAUUCUAUUUCUCAAGCAAGCAUGAAAGAAAGAUGUAUUGGAGUCCCCAAGUUUAAGCCAAUCAAUUCUGGCCUUUUGUUUCACAGCACUCUCCUCAACUCUGUGCCAUUUUUCAAGUUCUAGUUUGAGUGAUUUCUCUUCUUCACAUAACCUUUGAUGAUCAUUACUUUGUCCCAUAUGUCUGUGUAGUACCUUCAGUUUACCCUUCAGUUCUGUGAUCUUAUUAUUUAUUCCUAGGAACUCCUUGGUAUUAAGUUGCUUCAACUUCAU